AUGCCUAGAAAGCAUUUGGGCUCACCAGAGCAGCCCAGCUUCGAGCUGCCGUCUUUGCCGCCAUGGAGAACGCCCAAAAUAAAGAUAUUGCAUCACACACCUUCAAAAGGCCGAUCGUUGUUAGACGAUCGGGAUAUCUUUGAAUCACCGAGAAACGCCAUAGAGGAUGCUGCUGCGUCAAGUCACCAACGGCGGGCCAAAGAUCCAGAAGUUUAUGACUUUACACCAUUUUGUGACAAAAAGCUGCUGGCAGCCAGUAAACUCGACAACAUGCUUAGUUCAGAAAGCGCUACGCAUUGUCUGGUAUUUCACAAGGACAAACAUAGGGCUUUAGAGACCGCUGGUAAGAAAAAAUUCAGGCCGGACCUGGAUUUGUGGUGUUGUGACAGCUCUGAGGACGAGCAAGAAGAAGAAAAAGAAGAAGAAGAAGAAGAAGGUGAAUCGUCUUCUUUGGUGGACAAUUCUUGUAACACUCACCUCAAUAAGAAGAGCACCAGAGAUCAUUACAGGCAGCAGCAGCACCACCAAUAUUCUUUCUCCACAGCGCAGCAUCUAUUGCACCCCAACGUUCGCUCUCGAUUUGACACCGGUGUGUCUGCUGAAAAGAGCACAUUGCGACAGUUUUGGAAUGGUUCAGAUGCGGUGGAAGCGUUGGAACGAAGUCAGCUGCACGACAUCCACUCGCUCCUGCUUCAAGAACAAGACCUAAUUAACAAACACCAGCGUCAAAUCCAGCAAAACGAGCCUGUCUUACCAGAGACCGAGCCGGAUUUCUACAGAUGGCUACGCAAGUAUUGUCAAAACGUUUCAGAUAGAGACUCAUGGGUUUGGACACCGCAAUUGGAUAUCUUUGGUGGUCCUGGUGGUCCUAGUGCUGGUAGUGCGAAUUAUGUGACGCCCGAUUACGUCAGCACCGACGUAUCCUCCAACACGUGA